CGUCCUCUCUCAAAUGGACCUUGCUUUCUAAAAGGAUCAAGUUCAGACGCGCAUUGACGUCAGCCGAUUAUUCGUAAUCCUCCGACCCCCCCGAUUUCAGGUCAACAGACGAACCAGGCCUGCAGGCGAACUGAAGACCAAACCACCUAUCAAACUAAUGGCUGUAACCUAAUCUGUUCUAUAUCAGUCUGUAUACGCAUGAUACGGCUCAAUCAGACAAUCGCCACAUAAUAACAUCUUCUUGGGCGGAAAACAAAUACUUUUCUUUCAGCUCCAAACAAAGAUGCCGAAGUCAAAAUCGAAGGACGGGGCGUUUAGCCGAAUUUACAAAAAAACUGAAUUCGAUGAGCUUCUGAUUAAACUUGGCGGAUGGUCAAGAUUUCAGCAAAUUCAGUGGGUGCUUAUUUUCCUUGCCACAAUUCCACAGGCUUGGUAUACAUACGCUCCAGCAUUUGCCGCCCGUAAGCCAAAAGAAGGUGACCUCUAUUGCCUAAACAACACAGACAUUCGAGGAGAGGAGUUUUGUGCGGCUUGGGAAAACAAUACAGUUUGUCAGAAAGUUGGAUAUGACGUGACAUUUUCUUCGAUCGUUACCGAGGUAUGUAAAAUUUGCCCACGAGCCCGUGCUCGUUUCUUUCCUGAUUAGGAUGCCAAACAAUACAACACAAGAGUGCGACUUAGACUCUGGCCAACGUUUUUAGUUGACUUAACAAGCUCACGUAGAACUUUAGGGCUUUGUUUCAGUGAAUAUUUGCACAGCCGUUUUGUUAGCAGUGUUUUACGAUUAUACCUAGAGCAGGGAAAUAAAAACGUCGUCGUUUGCCUUAUUUCUGCCAUUCUGCUAACUUCUGAUAUAUUUUAUAUGCAGUGAGCUUGGCCGAUCAUAAGGAAAACAUCUCGCCACAAAAUAUGUCGAACGUACGUGAUUUAGUUCAAUGUUGUUUACAAUUCGCCUGUCACGCUCUACUUUAAGGCAGAUCUUAAUCCAGAUUUUGAGAGAAACGGCGUUUUCUAUUUUGGGGUUUGAAUCAAAUCCCAAUGUUUUAUUUUCUUUUAAAAUCAAGCGUUUUUGGGCGCGAAAAAUAUUUUUCAACUUAUGCUUUUGAAAUACGAUCUCUUCCCCUUUUUUUUGUUUUGUGUUUUUUUGCUUUGUUUUGGUUUUUUUUUUUUUUUUUUUUUUUUUUUGUUAAUCGAAUUUUAUCUACGCUAAGCCUUUUAAUGGAUUUGCGCUACCAUCGGCCGUACACAGAUAUCGGGAGCGAUUGAAAAUUUAUUUCUAGGAAAACAGUUGCUUCGUUGCAAGCGGGUACUACACGAUCGCGAAAAGAUCAUAGCAUAGAUAAAUUGUCGAGAAAAAAAACCGUUUGCAGUAGAAAUUUCCGUUUUAACGAUAAUUGCUACCGAAGUUCAGCGUCAUUUGAGUAGGAGGCGCUGUAAAGAAUGUAUGAAAUUUUAUGAAUUUUACCUGCAAACAAGAUUACGAUGUAAUGAAUAUGAAAGCGAUGAACAUUACUUAAGCAGUAAUGAAAAUAAGGUCUGGAAAAAUCCAGGCCAGUACGGGAUUUGAACCCAUGACUGGCAUGUAUGUGUUAUAUGGUGUUACGCAUGACGUAAAGUUGUUACAUUCGAUAGGGACGAUGGGUAAUAAAAGCACGGGGUUCUGAAAGAAACAUGUCGUUUGAAGAUAUUACAUGACAAUGACCUCUGCGAUAAUGGUGCAGUGCCCUAUCAACUAAGCUAAAAAGCCAACUGGGAGCUGGCCAUUAUUUAUGUUCGUAAUAAACCCGUGAAGUGAUGAAUCAUUGAUUUUCAGGUAUAUUUUCAUGUAUUUAUCUAUAUUUGAACCUACUUGCUCUCAAAAUUUACAGCAAGAAACUGGAACGUGGCUCAGAACCAAAAGAUUUUGAACUUUUUACAUUCUCUUGCUCAGAACAGAUUACAGCACCGUUGCACUGAUAAAUUUGUGAAAACUUCACCGACCUGUUUCGCGGGAUUUUCGUUCCUAAAUACAAUAUACUAUAUCUACUAACCUCGCCUCCAGGAUCUCUCUUCUUACUGCUUCCUGGAGCGAGAGAGAGACGGGAACGAGGCUGUGUAUCCACAUUGCAACAAAACGAGUACUUUGGCACUCGUUGCUACACAACAAUUCAACAGAAAAGUUCUUAAAUCACUUUUGCUUUAAUAAUACGAAUGCGAUUACUUUCUUUUAUAAAUGAAAUAAAAAAAACCUUUUAGGAACCAAUCUUUUAUGAAGGGUCUCUUAUGGUCCUCUUUUACAGUGGGACAUUUUAUGCGAUGAUGCCAAAAAGUACGUUCCACUUACAAAGACUAUCUUCUAUGCGGGUAAGCUGUUCGGGGCUUAUUUCUUCGGCUGGGUGUCUGACAGAUUUGGACGCCGUACAACUUUCCUUAUCACCAUGCUCGUGCAGUUUAUCGCCUCCUUGAUUGAGAGUUUCUCCACGAACUUCAUCAUGUAUGUCAUCCUGCGGGUUCCCCUUGGGGUCUGCAGUGGAGGUGAGGACUAAUGGACAACAGGAACCCAUUAUCAGGGCUCCUGUGGACAAUUAUUCGACGAAGGCGAAGUGAAUAUUAUACACUUAACGUAUGGUCCCAAGGAAAACAAAACUAACUAGUUUUCCUAGGGACCAUACGUUAAGUGCUUUGCUAUAUAUUUAGACUUUCCCUUAAACAAUCAUGUGGCAAUCAUGGCGGGCGGCAACUGCGCAAUUGAAUCCCGGUAGGGAUACAUUUGAAUCAUUCUUAGUCAGGGACACGUGACCAAGAAUCAACCAAUCACACUGCUCGUUUUGUUGAGUGAAGAUCUAGGUUUAUAACAAUGUUGAAUAGUCCCAAGACGAGGGGAUUGUUCAACAAUGAGACGAAUAAUUGUUUUAAUAUAGUUGCUCUGGUGCUUUCGAAUUCUGUUGUAAAUUUUGCAAAUAAGGAAAGCAUUGAGCAUAUUUUGUUACAAUUGCGUUGAUUGCUCAUACCGGCAAGAUUAUCAAGCAGUUUUAAAAGGUUUAUUUCAUUCACGCAGCAAAAACUUUACAUCUUUCGUUUGAAAAGAGUUCCGCCAAAUCAGUUAAAUCUUUUGAGCUCUUUGCAAUGUAAUUUUCUUAUAUUGCGUUUAUUACUUCCUCGGAAUUGACAAAACGCGAGGCAACCAUUUGAAAUUAAGCGCUUCUGCUCAAAUCACCUCGCGCGAGGUGAUUAUUAAACGAUUACUUCACCAGCGUGUGUUGGAUAUGAGAUGAUAGACUAUAAUCAUCUCACAUCCAACAGCGCGAGUGGAAAAAUUUUUUCGCUAGAAACGCCCCUAAAUGUGGAUAAAUCUUUACAACUUAUUAUUUUGUAAGAACAAACGGGAUGUUAAAAUGUACAAAAACACUUCCUGUUUAACUCGUCUUCAUGCAUGCGGAAGGUAUAAUGGCUCAUAACUUAUGAUGACUAAGCCAACGAAAACUCUUGAAUUGCAACCGUCCAGUUUUUAAUAAGGCAAGAUAUAACGCAAUCCUUGACCAAUCAGAGCGCGCACAUCUCUUUAAUCACCUCAGCAAUUAUAUCGGUGAUAAUCAUUCUACUUGCUACUUGUCAAAGUGUAUAGUCUAAGUUUUUUUCGUUAGUCAUUGUGGUCCGUGAUAUCUUCCUCAGCUUAAGCCCCUUACCCUUUACAUUGAUAUCGAUAUUCUGCUCACUCUUCGCUUUACAUUUCCCCUGAUAUUUACAAGGGGAAUUUGUUUGACAAUCAGGAGCUUCUAAAUUCGUGAUCAUUUUCUUUAUUCUCACGACCAUAAUGUUUGAUUCAAGGGUGACACUGUAAGGAGAAAUUAUAAGCCAGUCACUCAUAGUGGUUAAGGGGAAAACCACACGCGUUCUAGCCUGUGUAGUAUUCUUUUGUUUCCUUUCAGAUAUUCGAGCGGGAGCGAAGGCGAAUACGAGCAACCAAAAUAGGAGCAAAGAAAAGGGGGGGAAGGAUGGCUUCUUUCCCCCCCCCCUCCACUCCCCUUUUACCCACUCAUCCUAUUUUUUUUAUGCUCGUUUUCGCCCCAUGCCCGCGCUUGACUUCGUUCGCCUUACGGAUAAGCGGAAACAGAAAGGACUGCUACGCAUGCUAUAAGCGUUCCUCUUAAGUUUUUUUUUUUCGAUUUUAAUGUUUUUUUUUGUUGUAAUAUCAUAUUGUCAGUUUUUACCCUUGCGCAAAUUAUGUAUCCUCUUUGUCUUCGGCGUAGGCUGUCUGAUUGCGGGCUUUUUGCUGAUGACUGAGAUGGCCACACCUGAGUGGAGGCGUUGGGCUAACUGUUUAUCUCAAGGAGCUUAUGGAGUUGGGAUUGCUGUGCAAGCGUUGAUUGCGUAUUAUGUCCGAGGCUGGAAAGCGUUCAGUUUGGUGAUAACGCUUCUGAAUUUACCUUUCGUUGCUUUAUACUGGUAGGUGUAGAUGUUCUUGAGACCUUCAAUCGUAACCUUUAAAUUGUUCCUGUUAUUUUAGCCCUGUACUGGUCAUCUGUGUCUAAAUGUAGGUGUUGCCUAACUUUUUUAUCUAUCCCAGAGGUCUAAGCGACGUUCAGUCUGAGUUGACUACCCGCAGCUCGGGAGAACGCCAGUGACCAAGUUGCCUCGGUUUGAGUUGUGCAUCUGAUUGGUUGACAUGGUGGCAGGGGAUUUCUAGACCAAUCACAGAACUGUAGCAAACCUAAACCAACGCCAUUUGGAACUUCUUUCUACAAUGAAUCUAAAUUUACUCCAUGUGCCAAACCUCUGUGCACGUUGUAAUGACUAGGUGGCGUGCUUUUAGGCUGCCAGAACCAAGUUGUCUCACAAAAUUUACAAACAACCACGCAAACCAGGAAACAACAGUGUUUAGAAAACCCAUGCUUGAAUAAGUUUUGUCUUCGAAAAGUCUCAAGCUCUCUUUCCCCUAACUUUUGUUCCCUUCUACAAAUUUCUGUGAACGAUUCAAUUUUAUUCGCUUACUAACGAGAUAGCGGUUGUUCGAAAAAUUUGCGCGGGCGCUUAAAAUUGACACCCAUGCGCAUGUCUUACGUUUGACCGCUUUUUAAUAACUACUACACCCUGUGAUUUUUCCAGGCUAAUUCCUGAGUCUCCUCGUUGGCUUUCCGCUAGAGGAAGAGUCGAAGAAGCAGAAGAGAUCUUGCGUAAGAUCGCGAAGAAGAAUGGAUACGAGUAUCCUGAGGGAGCAAUAAGCAACAUGCAAGAUCAUAGCAAGAAGAAAGAGCAAACGAUGACAUAUCACUUCUGGCAUCUGUUUAGCACCCGAUACUUGGUGAUAAUCACUGUGGUUGAAGGGUGGUCUUGGUAAGUUAAAACGAAUAUAGAUAGCAUCUCACUAAAAGAGUGUCUUGUGUCACCUUUGGUCUCUCGUGGACCCUGUUGACCUGUGGGCCUUUCAGGUCCCAUUUUACCUGGUGCUCCCGACGCGCUCUUGGUUCCCCCUCCCCCCCAUCUUACACAAGGGGGGGGAGGGGUGGGUAAGGGAGGCUUAAAGGACCCUCUUGUCCGUAGAUACUUUUUUGGAAUUUACUUGGUUUAGCGAAUUUUCAACAAAUUGAUUCAUUAAUAUUAUAAAUUAAGGAAAGAAAAAUUCAUUCUUUACUUAAUUCAAUCUUUCAUGCCUUAUUUGAGUAUGCUGUUUUAUCUUCAUCAAGGUGUGUGACCAGCAUGGUGUAUUACGGGCUCGGCUUCAACGCAGGGAAAUUGGCAGGAAAUUUCUACUUGAACUUUGCUGCAUCAGGAUUGGUGGAAAUUCCCGCGUAUCUUCUUGCCACAAUUCUGGUCGAGAGGUAAGGGUGUCUGUAAGAGCCUGGGAGAAAAAGAGAAAAAAAAAAGAGUUGAAAUUUAAUUUACUCGAGUCUGAGAAAAAGGAUGAAUGACAUAAUAUUUAUUUGGUUUCCCUCGAUUUGGUGAACAUAAAGAAAGCAUCGAUUUUGUUAUUGAUCUGAUUUGAUGUAUGUAAUUGUAAUUUUUCUUUUUUCUCUAUUCCUUUUCCAAAUUUAGGGUGAAUCGUCGCUUUCCUUUGGUGGUGUACUACAUUAUUGGAGGAAUCUCUCUCAUCGGCGUUUUCAUCAUCCUCGUUGCAGGUAAAAAGAAUUGAAAACGUUAACAUUUAAUGCUUUUGACUGAGAGAUGCCAAAACUAUGUAAUCACCUUAGCCAAUCAGUAAAAUAAGAUUACAAGGAACCAAUGAGAGGUUAAGAAACAUUCGUCUGAACGACGUUAGCCCGGGAAAACAUGGAAAACCGAGACGCUACUGGAUCUAGUUUUGCAUCUGACUGGUGGAGAAUGUGGCACGAGUUUUUUAGACCAAUCACAAAGGGCGGUGAGGCAAACUCGAUGCCGCGCCUCCAAUGACAAUUUCUCAAAAGUGCUUCUCGGUGAUCAUGGAAAGCAUAAGCUUCAGGCGAACAAGUUGACACUUGGUAUGAUACACACAGUGUUGUUAUGAGUGCAAUUUUUUCACCUUCACUUUUAGCUUGUUUGGGCAAUCUGGAGGCAGUUCAUCUGCGAGGAUAAUUUCUUUACUUAGGAUUUCUUUUUUUAUAUCUUGUUUCAUUUUUCAGGGAAAGAAGAUGAUCUGCCCAGCCUUAUCAGUGUCCUGUCCAUGAUCGGAAAGUUUACCAUCUCCGCCGCGUAUUAUCAGAUAUACAUACACACAGCCGAGCUGUAUCCCACAGUCAUAAGGUAAAGAUCUCAAACACACACAUUUAGCAAGGGACCUUGAGAUAUGUCACCCACUUAAGUUAUAGAGCAGUUUUCAGUUGAGUUGCGACAAACCAAAACCAAAUUAUUCACACCGGUUAAUGGGAACUCAAAGUUAAACAGGCAAACUGCGUGAAACGCGGGAAAUCGCGGGUGACCAAAUCCCAAUUGGUUUCAGUUUUGAAUCUGAUUGGUUGAGAAAGUGGCGAGAGUUUCCAGGACUAAUCACAGUGCGAUAACCAGAAGCAAUUAUGGAUUAUUUUCGACACUCAAUCGAAAAUUGCUUUAUUUUGAUGGCCUUUCAAUCAAAGUCAGUCGUUUAAGACGCCAGCUUUCAGGCCAUUUACAUGGCAAGUGGUGCUUUUUUUUUUAUGAACGAGAAGUGGCAAUUCAAACAUAUGGGAAAGGUUUAGUUGGUUUCCAGCCACGUCUUAACUCUUACCUUAAUGACUAGAUGAAAUCGAUUUCUGCUUUUUUGUGGCCUAAUUUUGGCGGAGAUGCCUGACCUUCGUACUCAUUACCUCAGCUGAUAAUCAGGAAAACUUGAGAAUGUGCGUAACCAGGAUUUUUCACUAUGAAGUUCGCGGUUACAUUACGUGUCUUGCGUGAGGUGGCUUAUACCGCUGCUCUACCCUGCCUAUCAGCGGGCUCGUUAUCAGGCAGCGAGGAUGGGAAAAUAGGAUAAGCACUGGGAGGAACCCGUAUUGGGCUCUUGGCACUGGGAAAGAUUUAUGUUAUGCAGAUUCUCUGGACUCGAGUUUUUUCACCCCCAGCCACCACCCCCCCCCCCCCCCCCUCCGCCCUCCUUUAAGCUACGCCCCCAUAGGCUUAUCAUGGGUAACACUUUUGUGGACCAGCGACUCAAAAAUUUUUGCUGAUAAAUGAUAACUGUAUUGGGAAACUGAAAUGAAAUUAUUGGGUGAUAAAUCUUUCUCUUGUUUGUUUGCUAAACAGAACAAUCGGCGUAGGAUUUGCAUCACUGUGCGCGAGAAUUGGAGGAAUGGCGGCUCCGUUUUUUGCGGUAAGGAGGCAAUUCCUCAUUGAUUAGAUUUUUUUAUCACGAUAAUUUUACUGAAGAGAGCCUGAUGGUAUUUUCCUACCAUUUCGUAGGAAGGAAAAUGUUUCUGCCAAGCCUUAAUAUACGGCGAAUUUUAUUCGUGCUUUGAAGCUCUGAACAUUUGAACGGCAGAAGAAUAUGGGAAAAGAGAUGGGAAAUGGUUUUUUCGCCAUUUUUCUCCCCAUUCCCCUCUCAGCUUCACUGCUCAAAGCUUUAAGGCGCGCAAUUUAAUUUAUUUACAUUUGGGAUAAUUUGUUUAAGUUUCCAUUUUUUCUCUAAUAACACUUCUCUCAAGAUUUUAUCUUGAGUAAAUUAUUUCAAAUCGAAAUUCUCCGAUAAUGGAGACUUAUAAAACCAUCGACGGAUAAUUAACUCAACCAUCUCGGACAAGGUGUAAAGAUAGUCUAUGGCUCCAACUGCGACACAACAAUCACAAGAAAGAAAGGAAGGUGGAUAUCUCAAAGAGCCAGAUACAAUCCAAAUAAUAUACAUACAAUUUGCGCGUGAAAACGCGAGUGAUAGAGUCGCCGUUAAUUUUUUUACUUUUGCAUCUGAUUGGUUUUGAUCUUGGCGCGAAUUUCCUUUACCAUUCACAGAGCGUAGUGAGACUUAACCAAUGAAAUCCCAGAUCGCUUUGGACGCUCAGCUAACAAAUUGCUCAAUCAUUAUUCACUUCCUAUUUGCAGGACAGUACAGGUUUCGAAGUGGCUGCGAUCGUGUUCGGUGUGACGACAUUUUCGGCUGGUGUCGUCACCAUGAUGUUACCGGAGACUCGCGGAAAGCCUCUUCCGGAUUUUGUCGGAAAAUCAAGUUCCGAGGAAGAGAUGGUCAUACUCGAAGAGUGCGCAGAAGAAGCGCCCCCUGAUUACACAUCUACUGUGUAGAGUUGUAGGUUUGUGAGGUUGGGUUUGGUAGUGGCGACGGAGUGAUUAAGUUUUUGUAGAGGGGGAGGGGGGCGAAUCAGAGUCGGAUCCACGCUUUCUUGAUAGGAGACUUAAACUUAAGCCUUAAUAAGCUUAGCAAUAUUUCAAGAAAAGUAGAUUUUAAAUAUUUCACACCGAGUAGUUACAUGCGAUCCUGUCGUUGCAAGAAUUUUGGUGUCGGAAAGAUUGUAGAAAAAAAGCAUAGGUCUUAUGAGGAUGGAGUUCGGAACCCACCGGACCUUCUCCGUGGGCCCGCAGAAUAUAUUUGGAAAGUUUAAGAGAUGAAAGGAUCCGGAUUUGAACGAAAAUAACGUCGAAUCGAUGGAUCUCAGAAGGGAAAAAUGUAACAGAGUGUUGGGAAUAGCUAGUUUCAUAAGUCUUUUAUCAAGGCCUAUUGAUAUUAAUGAUUUCAAAAAAUUACUCAAGUGUUUUUCCAAUAUUAUAUGUCGUAGAAGUAACUAAGAGAUUUUAACUGUUGAAUUUUCCAGGUUCUUUUUUUUUUAUCAUGAGUCUUUAUAGUCAAGGUUAUCGCAAAC